GCGGUUGAGAAGCCCCCUCCCCACUUGCAAAAGAAAAUUAAAUAUCAUCUCAAUCGGCCCCCCCCAAAGCCUUCCCCUUUCUUCCUCUCUAUAUAUCAAACCCUUUACCUUUCCACAAAAAAAAACCCUAACCCUAACCCUACUCUCCGAUUGCCCCUUCCUAUGAUCCAUCGGCUAACUCUCACCACCCGCGUCCUCCCGGAAAAACCCUUAAUGCCGGACUCCAUCGCUCGCCACCACGAGCUCGCCGUCGGCCCCAACCAGUGCUCCUCCACCGCGGUUCAAUCCAUCGCCGCUCCGGUUCACUCCGUCUGGUCCGUCGUCCGCCGGUUCGAUAAACCGCAAGCUUACAAACACUUCGUCAAGAGCUGCCAGGUGGUUGUCGGUAACGGCGACGUGGGUACUCUGCGGGAGGUCCACUUGGUUUCCGGCUUGCCGGCGGCGAACAGCACCGAGCUCCUCGAGAUUCUCGAUGAUGAGAGCCACGUGAUCAGCUUUCGCGUCGUGGGUGGGGAGCAUCGGCUGGUGAACUACCGGUCGGUGACCACGCUGCACGCUGCUCCGGCGAUCGCCGGCGUUGGGACUGUGGUGGUGGAAUCUUAUGUGGUGGACGUGCCGCCGGGCAAUACCAGUGAGGAUACCCGAGUCUUCGUUGAUACUAUUGUUAAGUGUAAUCUCCGGUCGCUCGCACGAACUACUGAGAAUCUCGUAAAGCGCGGCGCCGGCGGAGGCGGAGAUGGUGGCGGUUUGGGUUCGCCGUGAAAAGUCUCUUGUGUUUUUAUUUAUCUGGGUUUGUUUAUUUAAUGAGUUUUCGCGCAAAUAAAAGAUGCUUUUACGAGUUGAUGUUUGUAUUUAUUGUUUUUCUAUGCGGGGAUACGUGCAGAAUAUUUGUAUGAGGAGAAGUGGAUAAGAGGAUAAAAUUGUCAGAAUUGUAAAAGAUUUUUUUUUUAAUAAAUUGGGCAAUUACAUCUA